AUGAGCUGUUGCGACUUGCUAGAAGAUUACCAAUACUUUCAAGGAAUCGGCACCUAUAAACUUCAUACUCGCGGAGCAACCUUCUUUAGGGCCAGACAGAUUUGUAAAGAAGAAGGUGGACAUCUCGCUAUUAUUAAUUCUCUGGCAGAAGAAAAAGUACUUCUGGAUUUAUUUAAACGCCCAGAAAAAUUUGUAAAUGUGAUGAGUAAUGAAAGAGCUUUACUCGGUAUUCAUGAUAUAUUCGCUGAAGGCGAGUGGGAGACAAUUUUUGGUCAGUCUCUUUAUAGAACUGGCUUUUCAAAAUGGAGCAAUAACUGGAAUGGACAACCAGAUGAUUCGAAACAUAUACUCAAUUGUGGCUUUUUAUUGAAAUCGGGAGGACUGGAUGAUGACUUGUGUGAUGCUCAGCAUCCUUUUUUCUGCGAAAUACCAGAGUAUUGCGUAGCUUAUUUAUAA